AUGUCCCCGCGCGCCCCCGCGGAGCGCGGGUGCGAGCCGCGGAAGCCAGCCCGCGCUGCAGGGAGCCCGCGGGCGAAGGAGGCUCUCCCGCUCCGAGCCUACCUCCGGGCGGUCACCCCGCGCCGGGCCCCGCCCCGAGAGCGUGUCACCGCGGGUGACGGCCCGGCGGCCAAUCAGCGGGCGUCCUCGCCCGGCGCGCGGGCCAAUCGGGGAGCUCCUCUCAGGGUGGAGGCGGGAGCAAUGUUUUCGGAGAGGAGGGAGGACGGCGGGCCUGCAGAGGGUGGGCGCCGUGAGCGAGCGAGCAGGCGGGCGGGGGCCGCUCGGGGCUGGGAGCCAUCGCCCUCUCCCCGCAGAGGGGCUCCCCUGGGGCCCGGUGGGCGCUCCGGCGGGGGGCACACCUGGCCUCGCCCCGACUCGGCUGCCCGGCCGGAGGGAGCGGACCCGGACCGCCUUCCCGAAGCUCGUGCCCCCUCCGCAGAGGAAAAACACCAGGAGGCGUUUCAGCCCGGAUACAGAGAGCCCUUCUCCAGAGGGUGCUUUGAGAAUGUCCUGAAAGGACAGCACAUGGUGGUGUAUAUUAACUACCGCUGGCCUAACAAGAGAGAGGAUAGCUCUGGGAACAUCACUUGGCUGGGAGUCAAGAGGAGAUUGAGCUACAUUAUGGGUGUGGAAUGCCAAAUCUGAGAGAAAUUUGAAUAAGUAACAGUUCAGCAAUAUGAGAUCUGAAUGGCAUCCAGGAACCAAGGUCCAGGAUGCUAUCAAGACUGAUGUGGCUUCUCCUGAGCAUAAAGUUUCCUGCUGUCUAAGUGGAUAUGAUGCAAACCAUGCUACUAGAUAUAAAUGAUACUAGAUGUAAAAAUCCACCAUUUUCCCCUUCUUGGGGAAGGGGGGUAUAUUUUAGCAGGCUUGACUUCAGCUUACACCACUAUUACCAUGCUCUGUCCACCAGCGUGGUCAAAUCUCUAUUGUUGUGCUCUGUGGAAAGAUUAAGUUGGAAUGGAGGAAUAGAGGAGGCUGGAAAUCAGAA